GCGACGCGAAACUUUUCUCCGUGCAAAAAAUUCGCUUAAAAAUAUAAAAAAGCGAAACUUUGUCCCGAAAACACGUGAAAUUAGUAGAAAAGGUCGAAAUGUCGCUGUCUAAAGUGGAAAUCAGUGCGAAAAAUCUAAAAGAAGUGCAGAAAAUGGCGAAAAUCGUAGAAGGCGAAGCCAAGCACGAGAUGGAGUUGGAUUUCUAUACGAUUGAAGAGAAUUUUGUCCCGGCAGUGAUUUUGUCAAGCAUUUUUCUGUAUUUGGAGAAGAAGGAUCGUCUCACGUGCAAACUUGUGUGCAAACAAUGGCUGCAAGUCUUGAUGACUGACGUUUAUUUCAAGAAGGAUCGUCACUUGUACCUGUCUCACUGCGUUUUAGACGAAAGUUGUGAACCCUUAACUGUUUUUGCCAAUGCUCCUUACGGCUACAAUCAUCUCUCCGUUGGCCCAAAUACCGUUCUUGUCUCCGAUUCGUGGGACUUUUUCGGCGAUCAGAUCCAAUUUUUGGACAUUUCGGGCGUUCCGCUGAUCAAAUCGACGAAAUAUGUGAAAAUUUUGACGACAAUGCCGCACAUUCGCGUGUUGCGAGUGCACAACGAUGGUCCCUUGAAUGCUGGAUUGUUCGGGCGCGCAAUGGAAUUACUCCAGGAACAAGAAGUAAAAUUGAAUUUGGAAGAGCUGCAGAUCGAAUGUGUCAAUUGCAACCCGAUUAAGAACGAAUAUUUCGAUGUUCUGCCGAAAAUUUGCAAAAUUUCGCCAAAAUUGAAGAAAAUCACCAUCGAAAGUAUCCUCGAACGAAUGGUGCCCGAACUGCAAAACGUUCUCGAUGAAUUUCCGAACAUCAAAGUGGCGAUAAAUUUAGUCACUCAUUCCGACACGUGCGUUUGGGGCAACGAACGCGGUCCUCUCGACAUGGAUGGCCUCGAAUUGGAAGGCGUCGAGUUCUCGUACGAGAAAAGCGCCCCCGAAAUUUUGGAAAAAUACGUCGAGGAACACGAAACUCUCAAAAAUAUCAGUUUGUCGUGCGAAGCAUGGCCCAUCGAACCGGUUCAGCGCAAAGUUCAGCAGCUCGAUUUGAAUUUGAAACACGUCAGAGACUACAAAGACGUCGAAAAUUUUCCCAAAUUGAAGGCAUUGACAUUCAAAGCAGUCCAUGGAUGCAUUGAGCAACAUUCCCCGAUUUGUCACUUGAAAGUCGCCAAAUUCACCGUCAAAGCGGAUGUUCGUUACAUUUGUGUCAAAUGUUUGAAAGCGAUGAUGUUGAGUUUUCCCAAUAUUGAGGAAUUUGAGCUAAUUUACGAUUGCAUCUCGAAGGAUUGUCUCGCGAUGGUGCUCGAAAUGUUGGCGUUGUACAAGGGAUUGAAGAAAGUAAAUUUGAAUUGCGGCACACUGCAGAAUUCGGAGAUGAAAAAUGCUUUGGCAAGACUUCCGGAACAUCAAACGUUGGGAAUUACGGAGCUUUCUUUUGAAAGUUCACGCUUACAUGAAGACGUCCUUCGUUCCUUCAUCCGCAAAUUCCCGCGCCUUCAAAACCUCUCAAUGAAAAUGACUGGAUGGGAAAUUGACUUCACGAUGACUUUACGUGUCGUUCUCAGCGAAUCGCCGCAUCUUCGUCACUUUUUGUACGACUUUCCGUCGAUCAACGAGGAAAAAGAUCUUUCGUACAUCCAAGAAACUCUCAUCGAAUGCGGACAACAUCUCAAAACUGUCACUUUACCUGCCGCGAAAUUCCCUCAAGCGUCUUCCGAGCAAAUUUUGCGAAGCAUUCCCGCCCUCCAUUCGCUCACAAUGAAAGAAACGAACGUCACGCGCGCCGAAAACGGACAAUUUCUCACGAAGAAACUCAAAACCCCGCACAGCGGAUUGUGUCGCGUUGCGCAUCCGUAUCAACGCCCGCAUCACGAAGACAACGUUGUUGGGCGCAACAACAACAACAACGCUCACGAGCACCGGAACUACAUGGAAGCGCGUCGUCGUGCGCGACUCGAUCGCUCUUUGGAAUUUCUUGCGCAUCAUUUUCCGGAACAUCGCUGGGAUCGACGCAACGAGGCGCGUUUGCAGCAACUUCGUGCAAGAAAUGGACAACAAGAGAUCCCGCAAGAACUUCACAUGGCUGUGAUGCACGAGGCAAAUCGACGAUUAUUGCGUCGUUCGCGUCGCUUGCAACGCUUGGAGCAACGCAAUUUGCAGCAAGAACACGAUUAAAACGAUUUAUACCAAAAAUUCCUUUAUUUUUAGUGAAACUUUCAAUUAUAAAUUGUACUGAAAAGGUGUCUUAACGAAGAAAAAUGGCAACCUACGAGCGAAAAUCGCCAAAAAAAUUUAAUUAAUUAGAGAAAAACGAUGAAAAAAUAUCAAAGAUAUACUUUGUGAUGGAAAAAAAUAAACAAAAGAAUUGAAAUUCUUCGAAAAUAAAUAAUAUGUUUAUUCAUAAAAUAUGAGAAAAAGGCCUUUUUAAAUUUAUU